GCUCAGUCUACCUUUCGUUAGUUGGCUCGUCUUAAAAGUGACUGGCCCACAUAUCAUCCCCUUAGUAAUCUUCGACGAGUGUUGGCGUUCGCGUUGACCGACACUGCGGAUAAAAAGACGGACGAUCGAUUAACUGCUUCCCCGGGUCGUUUAAAGGCCUUAUCCUCGACGAGUCGAUUUAGAGUCGGAUUUUUUGGAAUUUCCGCCGAUUGAACUUGGAACCAAUUGUCGAUUACUACGGAAUGGCCGAAUAAAAGCUGUGGUCGCAGGAGGCACGAAAUGAAUCCAGCAGAAAUUAAAUCCAUUUGUAGCCCGCUUGGAAAAACCUGGAACGGCGUGAACGUGUACCAGUUUUCGUUGCAUCUUUCUCAAAGUCUGUUCCCCCAUCUCUGAGGGAGUUUCUAUCACUGUACAGCGGAACGAAAGAAGAAAAGGAAAAAUAAAACACGAACGACUAUACACGUAGCGAAAAGAAAUUGCAUCAAGACCAAAGAACAAGCCGAAGAGAAGAACAAGUUGCUAGUGGCUACUCUCUGAUCCUGAAGAACUCCCGCGAAAGAAGAAGCGAACCAGUCUCUCGUUGCGCGAAAGCUUCCAGCCCCGUCGUGAAAGGAAAGUAAUUAAGAAUUAUUCCGUUUCGCAAACGAACGUCAAAAUGAGCACAAUGAGCGGCACCCAAUGCACGUCCGUGAAGGACUUCUACAGGGACAGGUCUAUCUUCAUCACCGGCGGUACUGGAUUCAUGGGCAAAGUCCUCGUCGAGAAGUUACUCAGAUCUUGUCCCGGAAUAAAGAAUAUUUAUUUGUUGAUGAGACCCAAAAGAGGCCAGGAUGUUCAACAAAGGUUGCAGCAAUUGUUAAACGGGCCGCUCUUCGAGAAGUUACGACGGGAUUCACCACUCGAGCUUUCGAAAAUCAUUCCUGUAGACGGGGACGUGACGGAACAUGAAUUAGGCAUCUCGGAGACCGAUCAGAAUACGCUCAUACGAUGCGUGUCGGUCGUCUUUCAUUCCGCUGCCACUGUUAAAUUCGACGAAGCGCUGAAACUUUCAAUUACUAUCAACAUGGUCGGCACUAAACAGCUAUUGAAACUGUGCCAUCGCAUGCACAAUUUGGAGGCUCUCAUCCAUGUUUCCACGGCAUAUUGUAACUGCGACCGCACGGACGUCGCUGAGGAGAUCUAUCCACUCCCAGCCGAACCUGAACACAUAAUCGCAUUGACGAAGAUCAUGGAUGCCAAGAUGAUUGAUGAUAUAACACCGACUCUGAUCGGCAACCGACCGAAUACCUAUACAUUCACCAAAGCUCUGACUGAGAGGCUGUUGCAAUCAGAAUCUGGUUAUUUGCCGGUCGCAAUCGUGAGACCUUCUAUCGUCUUGUCGUCGCUUAGAGAGCCAGUAGCUGGAUGGGUGGAUAACUGGAAUGGACCGACUGGAAUUAUCGCCGCUGCUGGUAAAGGUGUUUUCAGAACGAUGCUGUGUCACGAACAGAAGGUAGCAGACUUAGUACCGGUCGACAUAGUGAUUAAUUUGAUGAUCUGCACAGCAUGGAGAACCGCCACGAAUCGCACGAAGACGAUUCCCGUAUACAACUGUUGUACAGGUCAACAGAACCCAAUUACUUGGAAACAGUUCGUUGAUCUGACGUUUAAAUACACGCGGAUGCACCCGCCAAACGGUGCGAUUUGGUAUCCAGGCGGUCUGUGCCGUAAUUCCGCUAUAAUGAAUAAAGUGUGCGCGGUCUUCCAGCACAUGCUGCCGGCAUACGUUUUAGACUUUUUCCUGCGACUGAGGGGCAAACCGACCAUUAUGGUCGACAUACAAACGAAACUCCAUAAAGCCGCCAAAUGCUUGGAGUAUUUCAGUACGCAAGAAUGGAACUUUAGAGAUGAUAACGUUCGACGAUUAGGGGAACAGCUUAGUCCCGAGGAUCGACAAACAUUUAUGUUUGAUGUUAGACAAAUUGACUGGCCGUCGUAUUUGGAACACUACAUAUUGGGAAUUCGACACUUCAUCUUGAAGGAAAGUCCGGACACGCUGCCAGCUGCUCGUUCACAUAUUAAAAAGUUAUAUUGGCUUCAUAAAGCUGUACAAUUUGGAAUGCUGUUGAUAGUGCUGCGUUUUCUGUUCUUGCGUAGUUCCGUGACCCGAACUGCGUGUUUUUCACUGCUGUCUAUCGUGUUACGCAUGUGCCGUAUGAUUGUUUGACGGCUCAGAACCCUGGUUGAGGAUCGCGACAAGCGUAAUAAGAAACAAAAAUUAAUCGUAAAGCAUAAUUUAAAGGUGCGGAUUGUCCUUCGACUUCACUGCUCGGCGUUCCCGACGAUAAAUCGCUGUUCACACAUCCCAUCGGUUGGCCUUUUUGAUGUUUCUAUUUGUUCGUAAAUAUUAGCGUUCGCUAGAUGUGUAAUUCUGCAGGAUGUGUCAGUUAUAAUGUUUAAAGAUACGCAGGAUGAAACAAUGUGUAUGCGAAAAGGUUCCGAAAUGAUGUGAAUCCUUUGUUAUUCGAAAAUUACCCGAAAUGAGAACGUUUUCUUCCGUAAUAUUUAUGUCGUCUUCUUGUUCGAAAUAGUUUGAGAAAAAAAAAAAAUAAUAAAAACAGAAAGAAAGUUCAUUUUUAUGACCAGUUAUUAAUGGGUAUAUUUAAUUAUCAUUGUGACGCCAUUUUUGAUGCCGCCAAGGCGUUUCGUUCUUGAACAUCGAUUUAUCGCAUAUCGUCGAUUUGUAAUGAUGCGAUACUAGGAGUAUUCGAUCAAGUUAGAUACCACAAGACCUUUUGGUCCGGACUUCCUUGAUGUUUAUCUGGCUGUUACUUCGCGGUAUCAUCGCACCGCCUCUUGAAAUAAUACGACGCGUAAACUCCGUGAGCCGGCAGCUUGAAUACUGGUCGAAUAUUCGAUGUAUCAUAAAACCUUGUGAUUUGCUGUCUUGGUAACUUUGUUGAGAAUUUUUUUACAAUCUUUUUCUACGUCAUUUUAACUCGAAGACCAAAAACGAUCAUAUUUUACAGAUUAUUUAAGGGGAAUUAUUUGUUAUUCGUAUUUUUACGUUUAAAAUAUAAAUCUCCAUGGCGUUUAACGAUUUUUUAAAAUACUUGACUAAUUUAAGACUAUCUUUUGUGCGUUGAGGCUUCGAAGCAAUUUCUUUAAAUUUUUAAUCAACAAGGUUUUACCGUAUUCCGUUGCCGAGGAAACGCGUCCCACUGCUUUGUUUUGCCAAAACAAAAACAAACCCGCAUUUAAUAUUAAUUGUAGAAAUAAAUGGAAGCGAUAGAUAUAUAAAUGUAUUUUAACAUGGCCAAAAAUUUUAACGCCCGUAAUCUUCCUUCCUUUUCAUAAUUUUUAUGCGAUAAGUUAAGAAAUAACGCGAAUUUCUCUUCGUGCAGGAACGUUUAAUCCUUUCAAUGCAUGGGUUUUUAAGCGCUAGCCCCGCUCUUGAAGUGAGUUUUUUCACAAUUUAAUAUAACGUGCCGUAAUGUACGACUGUAUAUGAUGAAAUAUGCGUACACGUAAAAACCCAAAGGAUUAAACAUUGGCCCAGCAUCGAAUCCUUCCGAGUCUAAGGUUUAAAUAUCAAUUUUCUUUAAAUUAUAUUUACAAGUUAAACACGCAUACGUUUAUUUCCAGUAUUCGAGGACAUUUUUUCCCUCGGAGGAGAAGUAGUAUAUCGCUUUAUAGACUCGAAAGGAUAAAUUAGAAAAUGUAAAUGCCGGCUAGAGGAGUUACAAAUUCGUCGUGCCUUUGUGUCGUCGCUAUCUGGCAUAUUUUGUUCGUUUGUACUGCGACGUAAGAUACAUAGACAGAUAUUUAGCCAUGUCAUGUAACGAAUACGAUCGAUUUAUUCGAUUUCACCAUCAACGAACCAAGGGAUUUUUCAAAGAAUUAUGAAAACGUAGAUUAAUGAAUUAUAACUUCUAUUCAUGUAUAAAUUAAAAAGUUAUUUAUAGGAAUUAUUUCUUGUCUAAGAAUAUGAAUAUUUGUGAUAAGGGGAAAGCUUAUGUAUUUAAGACUAUAUGUUACAACUUCAACAUUAUCUUCAGUCUCGUUUGCUUGUUAUAUCCGCAAUAACAAUUUCUGUAUACUUAUAAAGGGAACGUUUGAAAUAUUUUGUCUUUGCGUUAUACCGUUUGGGAUAAACAUUGUUCCUUUUCCUUCGACGAAAAACAAAACUCGAAUAAUAUCAGCGUUAAUCAUAAUAAAUAAGAGAUUGUCGAAAUUACGAAUAAUUUGAUUCGUUGUUGAUGAAAUUGAAAAUAAGUCAAAGUGAUAUCUAUGCGAAAGCUAAUACGAUUACACUGUAACGAGCAAAAGACUACUGAAAGAAAAACGUCUCAAUAUACCCACUAGAUUCAUUUAUAACUAAAAUGCGUUAGCGCUUCUUUCGAAUGAAAAAUUUCGUCAUGGAGACCAAUCCAUUGAAGUAUAUUGUUACCAUCUAACGUUUUUCAAAAACUGCCACCGGUAGGCAAAAAUAAUAGGAUCUUGUUUGAGACACAUGGUUGACGAAGACGUUAAAACGUUCAACGUAAAAAUGAAACAAGAUACAGAAAUAUCACUACGUAUCUUACGCGUACUAUAGUCAUGGUAUUACUGACGCUGAAAUUUUGAAGGCAUUGGCAACUUAUCCUUAUCUUCCGGUGAAGUUCUUCGCACGUAAUAACUUUUAUUAGGCGGCUUAUCCAUCAAGCGACGAGGAAGCCGAAAUUUAGAAUCGAUAGGCGAAGAGAAGACAAAUUUGUAUAUACGAGUUAUUGAUAUUAACGAAGACGAUUUUAUACAAUAUAAUUCGUACAUCCAUUUCGUGACUCAUUCGUGUAUUAGAGUUUCCAACGCGUAUUUCGCCAUUAUGCCCCCAAGUAUACGUAUUUAUUUUACCGCAACAUCCUAUGUACAGUACAAAUUUCAAUAUUCGUUUCUAAUAAUACCAACACCGUUGCGGAUCAACAUUUCGCUGCGCCAGAGCUUAUCUUGAGAUCGGAGACUUUCAAAAUCUUAUGCUUGAGUACAAGAAGCCUCCCAUUGUAACUGUCUUUGCAAAAUUACAGCACAAGUUUAAAUCUUCUUUUAUAGUAUAAUAACUGACGAUACGAUAGAUAGAGGUAAAUGACUUAUUCAUUCGAGUCCCCAUAAAAUCGAUUAACGAAAGAAUUUCAUUCGUGAUCUUUAUGAUCCGUAAAGUGUUCUACGUGUUAAACCGUCUGAAUCACACAAUAAUCUAGCUUAAUUUUCAACUCGAUAAACAUUGAAGUUCGAGUGUAAUCCGCAGUACACUUUAUACGCAUAUGGAAGGAUUAUUUACGGCUAUAUUUGGCUACGUCUUGAUGUCGCUAGCAACAUAUGAUAAAAUUUUGAGGUUUGACUUGGUAAUUAACAUGUAAUAUUUUCCUCCCGUCCUAUACAGUUAAUAAGUGUUUCUGUGAUAUUUACGUUCUCGUAAAUAUUAAUUUCGCGUUUGUAUUCCGCGAAUGUUUCAUUAAGCAUUCGUUAACCCACUGUAGACCACUGCUUCAGUAUCCAAUGUUAAUAUAACGUUCAUCGUUUCGGUAAUCAUAUUCAAACUCUGUUUUAAAAUGUCUUACAAUAUUGUUAGUACCAUUGUAGGGAAGUAAAGAAGUGUUCAUUAAAGUUGUCUGAAACAAUCGAUCCAGGAACUAUCUUAAAUUGCGUUACGUACUUGUCUAUUGUACCAUUAAAAUGGUAAAUGGAAAAUGGAAAAUGCAAAUAAUAAAAGCCUUCACUUUAUAACAUCACCCAAAUGCUGGUCUGCAUAAUCAUACGUUUUUACGCCACACGUUGCCUGUGCCUUUAAGAUGAUUAAGUCGUGAGCCAUUCUUUAACCGACUAUGAUUGUUUACAACUGAAACAUAUUUCCCAUAACUCAAUUAGAUCGUCUGUUCUGUGUUUGAAUAGACCUCCUUUGAAUAUUAUUUUGCGAUCCAUUAAACGCUGCCAAUACACAAUGAAAAACCACGUCCGAGGAAGAGAAUCGAUUAAUGGCGUAAAGAAACGAUAAAUAAUAAUUAUUACUUAGCGCUAGGGAUAAAAAAGAGAAAAGGGGUAGCGCUACCGAAGGUCACCACCUGCUAGUCUCGUCUGUAUCGUUAUUCGGUUACACAAUGCAUACAAGGAAACAAUAUUUAAUAUAAUCAAUUUAAUUAACAUUAUACUGUACUACUUAUAAAUUACAUUAAAAACAAUGAACC